CUACCCUGGAGACGCUUCCUUAGCAACAGGUUGCCCUGAGCAACAGGAGGACGCGAGCCAGAGAGUCCGGUUCCUGGAGAGUUUCUAGCACCCGCUUGAGGUCCAAAGCGCGGGCGAGCCAUGUCUGAGAUCCUCUGUCAGUGGCUCAACCAAGAUUUGAAACUGUCCCGGACCGUGAGUCCCAAGGCAUUUGCAAAGGCAUUUUCCAGUGGCUACCUGAUUGGAGAAGUUCUACACAAGUUUGAGCUUCAGGAUGAUUUUUCAGAGUUUUCAGAAAGCAGAAUUUCAACUGCCAGGCUUAAUAAUUUUUCCCGCUUGGAGCCAACACUUCACCUUCUGGGUGUUCAAUUUGAUCAGAAUGUGGCCCACAGCAUCAUCACAGAAAAGCCUGGGGCAGCAACGAAGCUUUUAUAUCAAUUGUACAUUGCUCUUCAGAAAAAGAAGAAAAGUGAACGGACUGCAGUAGAAAUGCAAUCAAUGCAGCCCCUGGGGUGUUUCAGGCUUCAAAACGUGAAAAGUGAGGCUUUCCGAGAGAGGUAUAGAUUGCACAAAAUACCAUGUCAAAUCAAUCUCAGUCUGAUGCGGGUUACAGACAGGUUUCAAGAAAAAUAUACACAAAUGAAAGAAAAACUUGCCCAAACGCAUUUUGAGAACCUUGAAAGAUUUCGAAAACUCAAGGAAGAACAAAGAUAUUUUAGUAUGGAAAAACAACGCUUAAGCAGAAGACGACAAAAUGAAAUAAUGGCCAAAAUCCAAGCAGCCAUCAUACAGAUUCCUAAACCUACAUCCAAUCGUACUUUGAAAGCACUUGAGGCACAAAAAAUGCUGAAAAAGAAAAAAGAGGCAGAGGAUGUGGCCAAUGAGAUUAAGAAGUUUGAAGCAUUAAUAAAAAAGGAUCUCCAGGCAAAAGAAAGUGCAUCCAAGACUUCUUUAGAUACAGCAGACCAUAUAACUACUGAUUUGUUAAACACUUACUCGGAUGAUGACUACAUUAAAAAAAUCCAGAAGCGCUUAGAAGAAGAUGCUUUUGCAAGGGAGCAAAGGGAGAAAAGACGGCGGAGGUUAUUAAUGGACCAGUUAAUAGCCCAUGAAGCACAGGAGGAGGCUUAUCGAGAGGAGCAGUUGAUUCACCGACUAAUGCGACAGUCCCAGCAGGAACGCAGGAUUGCUGUGCAGCUCAUGCAUGUGCGGCAUGAAAAGGAAGUUUUAUGGCAAAACAGAAUAUUCAGAGAAAAACAAUAUGAGGAAAGACGACUUAAAGAUUUUCAGGAUGCUCUUGAUAGAGAAGCGGCUUUGGCAAAACAAGCCAAAAUUGAUUUUGAAGAACAGAUCCUGAGAGAGAAGGAAUUUCAUGCCCAGAUUGCUAUGGAAAGAGCUAAGGCUUCUUAUAAAAAGCAUUAUGAAAUAUGUGCAGAAAUUUUGGAUCAAAUUCUUGAUUUGUCCACAAAAGUAGCAGACUAUCGAAUGCUGACAAAUAAUCUGAUUCCACAUAAGUUGAUGCAUGAUUGGAAGGAACUAUUUUUCAACGGAAAGCCCCUAUAUGAGCAAGCCUCUAUUAAGCAUCUGCCUGCUAGGCACCCUGCAGGACAACUUGUAGAAUUGGAGAAAAGGGACUUGCUAGAUAACAAUGAUUAUGAAGAAUAUAAGAAUAUGGUUGGAGAGUGGGCUUUACCAGAAGAAAUGGUUGAUAAUUUACCACCCUCCAACAAUUGCAUAUUGGGUCACGUGCUUCACAGAUUAGCAGAAAAAUCUCUUCCUCCUCACGUGGAACCAAAAGAGACUGAGUUACCUUCAUUUGCUAUUAAAGGAUGCUUGUUGGGGAAAACACUCAGUGGGAAAUCUGCCAACCUAAAGUCUCUACAGAAAGACUUUCCUAUUCAGGUGCUUUCUAUUGACAAACUUGUCCGAGAAGCUAUCCAAGCAUUUUAUGACAACGAAGAAGCCAUGGAGGCCCCGCCAAUUCAGGAAGAAGAUGGAGAAGAGGCUCCACCCACUCCACAGAAAGACAGUAUAGAAAACCAGGAUCCACAAAAUGUGCUUUCAACUGAUCUAGUUUCAGGUGAAACAGUACCAGAAACAAAAGAUGAAGCUGAACCUGAUACAAAUACUAAUAAAACACCAAAUGCUGAAGAGGUAAAUUCAAGCAAAACUUUCUCAACACUGUCUGUGCGAGCUCAGCUUGGUGCAAAAUCAGAGCAGUUGUUGAAAAAAGGAAAGAGCAUUCCGGACAAAUUGCUAGUUAACAUCAUGGUAAAUGCUAUUAAUGAGUUACCUAUAGAUCAAAGCUGGAUCCUUGAUGGUUUUCCAAUGACAUUGAACCAAGCACAGCUUCUGGAGGAAACUCUCACAGGCUGCAACAGAAACCUCAUAGAAAAGGAGGCAAAGAAAACACAAAUAUCUACACUGGCUGUUGAUCCUACAGCUUCCAAAGAAGUACCUCCUCCCCCGUCUGCAUUUGAUUUUGUCAUAUUAUUAGAUAUUUCAGAUGCUUUCUCACUGAGUCGCAAGAAUGAUAUUAUGGCUGAAGAAUUUGCACAUGAAACUACUCACAAAGAUAUUGGUCAACCCAGAGCUGCUGAAAACCAAGAUAAGGAUGUGAACCAGAACUUAAAGGACCAGAUACAACAUAGAAUUAUAAGCUUCUUGGACAACUGGCCUUUGUUGGAGCAAUGGUUUUCAGAGACAGAAAAUGUUUUGAUAAAAGUUAAUGCUGAAAUAGAUAAGGAAUCUUUAUAUCAAAAACUGAAAGACAUUUUGUCAACUGAAAUUGUGAAAAAAAGGAACAAAGUUGAAAAGAAAUUAGAAGAAAAGGAAGCUGAGAAAAAAGCAGCAGCCGCCCAGGCAGAGCCUCCACCCCCACCUCCUCCCCCACCUCCUCCUGAGGCAGAAAAAGAGAAGGAAAAAGAGCCUUUGAAAACUACUCCUACCAAAGGAAAACCACAAUCAGAAACCCCACGUGGUAAACAAGAAGCUCUUCGUGAAGGAAAAGGAAAGAAAGGUGAAACUGCACCCAAAAGAAAAGGAACAGCAGAAAAAGGAAAAUCACUAGGAGGAAAGACACCAGUAAAAAAAUCACCUGCCGACUCUACAGACAUAUCACCCACUCCAAUAGCACCACCACUACCGAAGCCAGGAUCUGAAGAAUGGGUCUACGUGAAUGAACCAAUCCCUGAGGAAUUACCUUCAUUUUUAAUACCUUACUGGGAACUAAUAGAGAAUUCCUACAUCAGCACCAUCAAAACGGUUCUCAGACAUCUGAGAGAAGACCAGCAUGCUGUACUUGUGUACUUAUACCAGAUCAGAACAAGUUUCCAGGAGUUUCUAAGGCGUCCUGAUCACAAGCAAGAUUUCGUAGCUCAGUGGCAGGCUGAUUUCAACUCUCUUCCUGAUGACCUGUGGGAUGAUGAGGAAACAAAGGCAGAACUGCACCAAAGAGUGAAUGAUCUGCGAGACCGCCUGUGGGACAUUUGUGAUGCCAGGAAGGAGGAGGCAGAGCAGGAGCGACUUGAUAUCAUUAAUGAGAACUGGUUGCAGGACUGUCUUGGAGUAAUGAUGAACCACUGUUUUUCACUGAUGCAGGCGGAAGUGAACCGGUUUCAAGAUACAAAGAGACUCCUUCAGGAUUAUUACAGGGCAAUGGAUUGCAAAAUCCCAUUAGAGGACAAUAAGAAAUUUACUCGAAUCCCAUUGGUUCAACUGGAUAGUAAAGAACUUUCGGAAAACCAAAUUAGAAUCCCUCUCAUUCCUCGAAUAUCCAUUUCCCCGGAAACGGUUGUGCCCAAACCAAAAAUAAAAGCAAUACUGAAGGAGCAGAUGGAUGAGUCACUCGAAAAUGUGGAGUCAAACCUGGAGACGGAUGAGAAAUUGGUGAUGGACACCUGGCAGCAGGCUUCUGUAGCAAUAUCUCACAUGGUGGCGGCUGACAUUCAUCAGCAGCUCAUGGAAGAAGAAAAAGAAAACCAGCCAGCAGAUGCAAAAGAAAAGUCUCCUCCAAUGGGUACAAAUAAAAAAGCCAAAAAAGAAAAGGAGCCACCCAAGAAAAAAAAGGCAGAGAAAAAAUCAAAAGGUAAAUCACCACCUGUAUCUGAACCACCUCCUGUAAUUAUGACAGCAGAGGAAAUUGCCGAAAUGGAAAAGAAGAAUGAACUAAAGUUCAAAAUAAAGGAAGAAUAUCUUGCUGCUCUGCAAUUCGAAGAGACAGCUACACAGUUUCGACUUGAACUGAUAAAGACAAAAGCACUGACUGUCCUUGAAGAUUUAGUAACAAAGGCGGUCAAUGUCUAUAAACUCAUGGAAAAAUGGCUUGGUGAGAAGUAUUUGAAUGAAAUGGCCAGUGUGGAAAAAUUAACUGAAGUCGCUCGCUAUCACAUUGAAACAACUACAAAAAUUCAGUAUGAGCUUUAUUUACACCAAGAAGACUUCUUCAUUAAUGGUGACAUAAAAGUCUUCCCAGAUCCUCCUCCACCAGUACGCCCCCCACCUGUGGAAAAGGAAGAAAAUGGUACUCUGACCAUCGAACAGCUUGACAAUCUUCGAGAACAAUUCUUCGAUAUGGCACCAAAAGGCAUAAUAGGAAAUAAGGCAUUUACUGACAUUCUGCUUGAUGUGGUGACCCUGAACCUUGGAACAAACAAUUUCCCUAUUGGAUGGAUGCACCUCACCCAACCUGAACUGCAGGAGUUAACAUCUUUAUUGGUAGUGAACUCAGAGUUCGUGGACUGGCGGAAAUUCCUGUUGGUAACAGCAAUGCCUUGGCCCAUCCCCUUGGAAGAGGAACUCCUGGAGACCCUGCAGAGGUUCAAAGCUGUAGAUGAGGCUCAGAAAGGAACCAUCACUUUCGAGCAGUACAUGCAGGCUGGUCUAUGGUUUAUCGGAGAUGAAGACAUAAAAAUUCCAGAAAAUCCUCUUGAACCCCUGCCAUUUAAUCGACUGGAACAUUUGAUAGAGUUUUUCUUUAGGCUGUUUGCUGACUCUGAGGAGAGCCCACCCCAGCUCGACUACACUCAGAUGCUGCUCUAUUUUGCGUGCCACCCAGACUCUGUGGAAGGGGUCUACAGGGCCCUCAGUGUGGCUGUGGGGACCCACAUCUUCCCACUGGUUGAAACUCCCAUGAUGGCUGCAGAAAAGACCUCCUUCUCUACCGACGUGAGCCACACUGAGGAAUUUCCUGAACCCGAGGACAACGUCCCACAAGACGAAAGUGAACUCAAGGAGGAAAGAGAGGAAGGGGAGCCAAAGCCAGAAGAAACCCCUGAAAAUAUCAACACUGAGAAGAUCUCCCUGGAAACACUACUGAAGGUCUUCCGGGGAGGAAAUGAAGUACAGGACACUCACCGAUUUGCCACUCACCUGAAGACAGAGAACAUUUAUGCAGAGAGCUUCAUACAAACAUUUCAGGACCUAGGUGCCAAGAACCUGGAGCCAAUUGAAGUUUCCGUUCUCUUAAAACACCCUUUUGUUCAGGACCUGAUUGCGAAUUAUUCAGACUAUAAAAUUCCCGAUAUUAAAAUGAUUUUCCAAAGAAGUGAGCACAUACAAGGAAGUAAUGGAGAAAGAUCACCUUCAAGACUUACAGAGGAAAAGAAAUGAAGACAGAAGAGUGUGAUUUUUUUAUUAUUUGGCAAUGAAUCUUCCCAAAAUCAAA